AUGCCCUCAUUACCUUCGACUCCAUCACUAAAUAAUGAAGCCUCGGAAGAGGAGGAGGAUGUGUUUCAGCAUCACACAAAUAAUACAUCAUCAACAUUUUCACCUACGACACGAAUAAUAGCAACAACACCAGUUGGUAUCAAUGAUGCAUUUGUGGAUCAUCCGAUUGCCACAGAAAUUCGGACGCCACUUAAAUCACAAUAUAGCAAUAAUCCUUUAUCAUCGACGGCUUCGUUUAGAAGAGCAUUAUCUACAUCAUUUUCUAGUAUUGAUUUGAAGGAAAUGAAGAAUAGAAAGAAGGCACAAGUAGUAAAUUACUUUGGAAAGGAAGCUUGGAAAUUGAGAUGGCGAGGAUUUGUUAAUUUAUUGAAAUCUAGAAAAUUAUAUGAAACUUUAUUAAUUUGUUAUCUUUUCAUUCCACUUGGAGUUGGAUUAGCAAUGCUAGGACCAACAAUGCCAAUACUCUCUAAGAAACUUGGAGUGGCAGAGGGAGAGAUGGGUAUAUUAUUCACAAUGAGAGGUAUUGGAUACAUUCUUUCAUCAAUGAUUGGUGGAUGGGUUUUGGAUUUAUUGAAAGGAAAGGUUAAAUCGAUAGUUGUACAGACAAUUUUGAAUCAGGUAUUAUUACUUUUAGGACUUGUUCUUUUGAGUGGAGCUUUUAUAACUAUUCCUUUCUUGAAUAGGUUUUUAUUCGUGGCCAUGACAUAUUUCUUUUGUGGACUUGGUUUGGGAUUUAUCGAUUUGACAUCUAAUGUUUUAGUAAUUUGGGUUUGGGGAAAUAAUAAGCUUGUUUCUGCUUUCUUGCAAUUUUUACAUGCAUGCUUUGGUAUUGGUUCAUUUAUGUGUCCAAUUAUUGUGAGAAUUAUCAAUGAUGCAUAUCCAACAAUUGAGGGACAAGAGGAACAUCCAAUUAAGAAUGCAUUGGCUUUAUCAUAUUUCAUUGGUGCUGGUAUUGCUAUUAGUGGUGUCAUUCCAAUUGCUAUAUUUUGUUUCCUUGCUUAUAAACGUCCAGCUGAUAAGAAGGCUACAGAACCAACAAAACAAAUUGAACAAAUUUCAAAGAGUUUUGAGGAUGUUGAGGAGAAGGAUUUCAGAAAUAUUGGUGAUAUUAUGCAUGAUAUGGAAUUAGAAGAAAAGUCUCAGGACUCUAUCGAAGUGAAAAAUGAAGAGCCAGAAGAGGAACAAGAGGAACAAGAUGAAGAAGAAGAAGAGGGUGAUAAAUUGAUACAAGCACCUCUUUGGAAGAAACUUGUAGUGUCUGGUUUGACAGCUUUUGCAUUAUUGAACUAUGUUGGAGCUGAAAUUGGUUUUGGUUCACUCAUUGUUACAUAUAUUGACAAGACUAAGGUCACAACUGAGGAUGAAGGAUUUUUAAUUAAUUCUGCCUUUUGGUUGAGUUUUACAAUUGCAAGAUUUGGAUGUAUUAUCUUAACCUCAAUAUUUUCUGAUGCUACCUUACUGGUUUUGGAUGCUAUUGGAUGUUUUGCUGGUAUGAUUCCAUUAUUGAUUUUCCCAUCUAGUCCAACAGUUUUGUGGAUUUCUUCAAUUAUAUUAGGAGCAGCCUUUGCUUCUCAGUAUCCUUUGACUAUCAGUCUCCCAGCAAGUUAUAUGAGAUUUGAAGUUUCUGGUUGGAUGACCUCAAUUAUGAUUUUAGGAGGUUGUAUUGGAGAGCUUUUGAUUCCUUUAGGAAUGACAUUGGCUUUUGAACACAUUAGUCCAGUUUCCAUCUUUUACUUGAUUUUCAUUGCUUGUUGCAUUGCUUCAGUUUGUUAUGCCAUACUCUUGAUUGCCUUUAGAUUUAAAAAACAAAAGAAAGUAGAGGAAAUAGUGGAUGAGGUUGAUGACAAAUCUACAGAACAAAUCGAAUAA